CCCAUUUUAGCGGAGGGUUCUCGCCUUGCAGCUGGACGAAAUGGCCGAGCGCAGGCUACCCUGUCCAGAGCGCAUUGUCGAUAUGGUGGGCUUCGCGUUUGGUGUUGGCUCCUGUGGAGGUUUCUGCAUGACAUUCGUGCGAAGCCUUCGAGACUUCCCCAAGGGCCAUCGGCUUUCUGGUGCGUUCGCGGCGGCGCAAACCCGGGCACCAGUACUUGGGAGCACCUUUGCCAUGUGGUCAGGUCUCUUUCAUAGCUUCGAUUGUGCCGUUUCCCAGCGGCAUUUAGAUCCACAAGGCGCACGUUCUUCAGUGGAUGCCGCUUUCUGUGGCUUUUUGACAGCUGGAGUGCUUUCCCUUCGACAAGGACCGCGAGUGGCAUCCAUCAACGCUAUGUUUGGCGCCUUUUGCGUUGCGUUCAUCGAUGUCGUUUCAGGCACAGCUCGCAUGUGAGUGCAGCAAGCGCAAUCAAGGUAAAA